AUGGAUGAACCCGGAGAUAUGUACGAACUAUUUUUGAGAUGCAAAAAGUAUAUCAAUUUGGCUGAAGUUCUUACGGCAGAAAGGGAAGACCAAAUCGAGAAGAAGGCUCCAUGGAAGAAGGAAGAGAUUCCUCGAGAGGCCGGCAUGAAGCGCAACCGAGAUGCUGAGGAUGGAAAGAAAAGAAAAGAUGAUAGAAAAGCUUGGGCCCUAGACAGAGAAUCCGAGCCAAGUUAUACUGCCCUGACACACACCCGGGCACAUAUAUUGAACGAGAUUAAAGAUCAAACAACCCUACGCUGGCCAGCAAAAAUGGUCAAGCCAGCCCACGAGUGCAAUAAAAACAAGUACUGCUGGUUUCACCAAGAUCAUGGUCACGAUACCGAGGAAUGCAGACAGUUGAAGGACGAGAUAGAAGCACUCAUCCAGAGAGGGCGUCUCAACCGAUUCGUCAAAAAGGAGGUGAAUGACCGAAGGACGGAUUAUCGAGCUCGAGAGCCCGAGGGAAGGCAGAGAUCAUUCCCUAAAGCUAAUAAAGAGGAACUCCCCCGAGGUGAACCCCACACCGAGAAUGCGCCACUUAGAGAGAUCACAACCAUAUUUGGUGGACCUGGCAUAGGGGAAGAAACCUCCAACUCUCGAAAGCACCAUGCACGAAAUGUGCUCCAGACCGAGACCACAGUCAAGAGGAGGAGAGCAAGCUAUCCUAUAACUUUUUCUGACGAAGACUUGGCAGAUAUACAGAUGCCCCAUGACAACGCCUUGGUGAUUAAGAUGGUGAUUGCUAAUUGCGUGGUGGGGAGAAUCUUGGUAGAUAAUGGGAGUUCAGUUGACAUCCUAUAUUAUGAUGCAUUCGAAAGGAUGCUCCUAAAAUUCGAGAUGCUAAAAAGAGUGGAAUCCUCUCUAUAUGGAUUCAAUGGAGCCCCUGUCCAAGUUGAAGGAUCAAUCGAGCUGCUGGUCACGGAAGGAACAGAACCCAAACUCUCUACCGUGAUGAUGAAUUUUUUGGUGGUAAAAGUGAAUUCCACGCAUAAAGGGAUAUUGGGACGUCCUGGUCUCAACACUCUACAAGUAGUGAUUUCCACUCCCCAUUUAGUCAUGAAGUUCCCAACUGAUCACGGGAUUGGAGAAUGUCGAGGAAGUGAAGUGACGGUCCGUCGUUGCUACGAAGGAUAUCUGAGGGCCCGGGGCAAGGAUCCCCAAAUGAACCUUAUCCAUUUAGAUGAUAACCAAGAUAUCAAAGAGCCCAAAAGGACUGAACCAGCUGAAGACCUAGCUCCCGUGGAGAUAGUAGAAGGGGAUGCCACGCGUGUGAUCCAGAUAGGCGCGAACCUGACUGGCGAAAGGAAAACCGACCUCGUAAACUUCCUAAUAGCUAAUGCGGAUGUGUUUGUCUGGUCUACCACGGAUAUGCCGGGGAUAGACAGAAAGAUAGCUGAACACAAGCUCAGCGUCUACCCUAAUGCCAAACCAAUAUUCCAGAAGAAGAGAACCUUUGCACCGGAACAGAAAGAGAAAAUAAUUGAAGAAGUGACCAAGCUACUUGAUGCAGGCUUUAUCGAGGAAGCCAUCCACCCAAAAUGGCUCUCUAAUGUUGCAAUGGUCCCAAAGUCCAAUGGCAAAUGGCGAAUGUGUACUCACUUUACUGAUUUGAAUAAAGCUUGUCCUGAAGACUAUUACCCUUUGCCUCACAUUGAUUCGUUGAUAGAUGCCACGGCAGGGCAUGAAAUGCUUUCUUUUAUGGAUGCCUAUUUCGGAUAUAAUCAAAUCAAGAUGUGUGAGCCCGAUGUAUUGAAAACCUCAUUUAUUGCGGGUAGAGGCACAUAUUGUUACAUCUGCAUGCCCUUUGGACUGAAGAAUGCUGGGGCAUCCUACCAACGUUUGAUAAAUUACCUUUUCAGACAUCAAAUAGGCAGGAACGUGGAAGUAUAUGUAGAUGACAUGCUUGUGAAGAGCUUGAAAGCUCAGGAUCACAUUACAGAUUUGGGGGAGGCAUUUCAAGUCCUGAGAGAAAGCAACAUGAGGUUAAACCCAGCCAAGUGUGCUUUUGGAGUUACAUCUGGAAAGUUCCUCGGUUUCAUGGUCUCAAGAAGAGGAAUUGAAGCAAAUCCAGCCAAGAUUAAAGCUAUACUUGAGAUGCAUCCGCCCGAAAGAGUCAAGGAAUUACAAGAACUGACAGGAAGCGUUGCAGCGCUCGGGAGAUUCAUUUCGAGUUCGGGGGACCGAUGUUUACCUUUCUUUAAAGCACUCAAGAACCGAGCAAAGAAACGUGAAACCAAAGGACUCAAGCUUACCUUUGAAUGGACCAAAGAAUGCCAGGCCGCCUUCACUGAACUAAAAAGGUAUUUGGCACAACCACCCCUUCUAGCCAAGCCUGAACCAGGAGAUAUAUUGCAACUAUAUCUGUCCAUUUCUGUCAUUGCAAUAAGUGUUGUAUUGGUUAGACAAGAUGGGCGAAUCCAAAAAUUGAUAUAUUAUGUCAGUAAAGUCCUCCUAGGUGCUGAAACCAGAUAUAGCAGUGUGGAAAAAUAUGCCUACGUGUUGAUUAUGGCGGCUAGGAAGUUAAGGCCCUAUUUUCAAGAUUAUACCAUUGAAGUGCUCACUAACCAACCUUUGAAGAAGAUAUUGGCUAAACCGGACCACUCAGGAAGACUGGUAGCAUGGUGCGUGGAGCUGGGUGAAUUCGACAUCCAUUACAGACCCCAAACUGCAAUAAAAGCUCAAGCCUUGGUAGAUUUUUUGGUAGAAUGUACACUCCCUGAUGAGGAAAUCACUACCACCGCGGAACCCGAUGAGACAACGGAAGAAUGGACGCUAUAUGUGGAUGGUUCAUCUAGCGCGCAAGGGUGUGGGGCAGGUUUGAUAUUAACUAGCCCCGGAGGAUUUAUUGUGCAAUACGCGCUAAGGUUCGAAUUCCAGGCUACUAACAAUGGGGCAGAGUACGAAGCUCUGAUUGCAAGAUUGAAGCUGGCACAAAGUCUAAUGGUGAUGCGUAUUACUGUACACAGUGAUUCUCAACUGAUAGUUAAUCAAGUCAAAGGGGAGUAUGAUGCUAAGAAUCUUGGAUGGCCCAAUAUUUGA